AUGGCUGCUGACCCCGUCGCAGCUGGUACUCCAGCUUUGCAUGAGUAUCGAGUUCCCAUCGUUGCUCAACCUCUCCACAAUAGCAUUCCCCGGGAAUUGCUCCCUCGAUAUGACCCGGUCUAUGUUGCAUACUACAAUGCAUUCAAUGCCGGGCGACUGCAUAGCCAUGAGGUUCCAAUAGAAGAAUUUCGCAAGAACCCUGCCCGAUACACCAUCUCUUAUGGCCGAGCUUCCGGACCAGACAUAUUCCGGAUCACCGAGCAGAGAUGUCCCGUCGAUGAUGGCGAAAUCACCAUUCGAAUCUUCGAGCCAGCUCAGAAGCUUGAUGAGCAGGGCCAGCCGAAGAAAAGAGCGGCCUAUAUCAACUUCCACGGAGGUGGAUGGGUAUUUGGCGGAUUAGCCUAUGACCACGAUUUCUGCAAGCGACUUGUUCAUGGCCUCGAUGGGGACUUAGUCGUAUUCGACGUGGACUACCGACUGGCACCUGAGUAUAAGUAUCCCAUUCCCGUCAAUGAUUGUUGGGCCGCUUUCAAAUGGAUUUUGACCGUGCCGGUGACAGACUUGCAUCGUGUCUUCACUCCCGAGGCCCUACCAGCAGCACGCAUGGCAUACUUUCACCGACAUUUCCUGGGGGUCCCUAGACCGGCGGAGUCUGAUGAGAACUUGGCUCCUGCUCUGAUAUCUACGGCGGAGUUGGAUCCGCUGCGCGAUGAAGGAGAGGCGUAUGCGGCGAAGCUUCAAGCUGCUGGGGUAUCUGUAGAGGUAAAUCGGAUUGCAGGUGCACCCCAUAUAGUCGCGUUACUCGAUGGCAUACUGGAGGGAGGUUGGCGGUACAACGAGAAGGUACUUGCAACGAUGCAGCAGCGGCUCAAGGGAUGA